CUUUCACACGCACCGAACAUGGAGAUGGUAAAAAACCCAACCCAAGCUCAAAGCAAUUUACUUGUAUAGUUCGUGCUAUCGCAUAAAUCGCAUAAAAUUACAAUGCAAAAUCUAGACUACUUAAUUGACUAAAUUAAAUAUAUAAAAAUAAAAAUGUUCUCAUCCUACACCCCGACCAACCCCACCUACAAAUAUGCCCUUUACAUUGGGGUUCCUUCCCUUGCAGUUGCUGGGUUUUGUUAUUACCGGUAUCGUAAUAAUAAUAAAAGUAGCAGCGAUAAUUCGCCAGACACUUUAAAACCUGAAGAGUCACCAGCAGAAGUAAAACCCAUGCCAGUUCCAAACACAGCUAAAACGUUAAAAGAAUCGGGAAAUAAACUUUUCAAAAUCGGAAAUUAUACUGAAGCUUUAGAGUUAUAUUCAAAAGCGGUAGAAUUAUGUGACGAAGAAGACAAGGAAGCGUUAGAACAAUUGUAUCAAAAUAGGGCAGCAGUUUUCGAAAAGUUGGGCGACUACACUGCAGUGAUUAAGGAAACAACAGCCGCAUUAAAGCGAAAUCCUAAAUAUGUCAAAGCGCUCCACCGACGGUCCAAAGCAUAUAAAGCUACUGGGUUUUUGGAGGAGAGUUUAGAGGAUAUCACUGCAGUUUGUAUUUUGGAGCAAUUCAGCAGCCCCGUAUCUGUCCAACUGGCGGAUGACGUAUUAAAAGAACUUGGUGCGUUGGAGGGGACGAGACUGAUGCGCGCAAGAGAUACGGAAGGAAAAGGCGUCAAUCCAAGCAAACACACAUGUAUCACAUAUUUGAGAGGGUUUUAUAAUUGUCCCAUUAGUAAAAUUUUGACUGGAAGAGAAGAACUUCCUAGUGGUGACGAGUGCCCCUACAUUACAGCCUUAUCUACGCUCAUUCCCUCUCCAAACUCACCCUCUUCUUUUGACUCUAUAAUUCCCUUAACCACGACCCAAAUAGAAACCUACAACUCCUACAAAACCGAAUCCCACUAUCUUCGUGGCUCAUUCCGUUUCCUUUAUGGUCACACCUCCCCCGCCACCCUCGAAGAUUUCGAGUAUGUCAUCAAACACACAACCGACAAAGCAGUAAAAGCCACUGCACUUGUCAAACUAGCCUCACAUUAUGCGCUGGUUGGGCAAGAAAAGGAAUGUGAAGACUGUUUCGAAGAGGCUGCAAAAGUUUGGCCGGAUAAUGUAGACUUGUGGCACCAUAAAGGACAAAUCCUCCUUACCCGUAAUAAUCUUCCUGAUGCCCUUGCCCAUCUAAGCAAAGCAGCUGAACUUGAACCAGGCUAUGCAAUAGCCAAUGCAACAAAGUGGUAUGUACAAUACCGCAUUCUUGGUGGUUCUGGUGAUAUUCCUGGCGCGGAUCAGUGCGUACGGGAGUUUGAAAAUUUAGUCAGAAAAUUUGGAGACAGCCCAGACGUCUUUUCUUUAUACGGACAAAUACUUAUGGAAAAUCAACGCUUCGCUGAAGCCGAGCUGCAUUUUUCUCGUGUCGCAGAAUUAGACAAGACCAAUGCAGGUGUUCUCGUGCACCGGGCGAUGGCUAAAUAUCAGCAAAAUGGUGAUGUCGAGGAGGCAAUUAAAGUUUUGGAGGAGGCAGUAAAUGUGGACGAGAGGAACGAGUUCGUAUAUGAAACAUUGGGAACGUUGCAUUUGCAAAAUGGUUCACUGGACCCAGCGAUAAAAUACAUUACCAGAGCUGUCAAGCUCGCCCGAUCGGUUCAAGAACUGACCAUCUUGUCCUCCCUACUGAAAGCUGCAGAAGUGCAAAAGAAAGUGCGCGAUAAUUUGGGGCUCGAAGUUCAACCGGGGUUUUUUAAGUAGAUUUUUAAGUUGGACAAUGAAGAUCAAAUAUUUAAUUGAAAUAAACAAUUUUAAACUAUACAUAUUUAGUAUGAAACGUUUUUAACAUAAUUUAAUCUUGUGUCUUCGUUAGUUCUCGUAUUUAAUUUAUCCAGUUUAUAGUAUGUACGUUCGUAUGUUUGUUUAUAAAGCGCAGUAAUUUACUUGGAUUGAAUGCAUUAACGUGUGCGAGCUUAAAUAUAAUAAACAUUCAUUAUCUUAGACCUUA